UCACAGAGAGAAUUUCACUGCGGCCACGUCCGCUGGAUCGUCUCGCGGUGGUGCCCCGUCUACACUCGCACACAACGACGCUGCCCUCCGUGUGUGACACAUUUCGAGUACAGGGGCGAUGAAGUUUGUGGCGAAUGCAAGCCUUCAGCACCGAUCGUGUGGGAGAGCAUGAUUAGACGUAACAACACGCCCGUCGGAUUAUAA